AUGGCUAGAGCAAAUGUAUCUGUAAGUGAUGAUCAGAAUUUUAGAAGUCGUUGUGAACAAGAACAAAAAGCUUUUGAUGAUUGGCCUAAUAAGUGGGAGUGGAUAUUGGAUGAAUAUAAAGAAAGAAAUGAAAAAUUAAAUGCAAUAAAGAAAAACGCCAUGACGAGAGAGGGCAAUUUAAAUACAGAUCUUAGAAGUGUGCUACCUUUUCCUAAUACAACAUCCAGAGAAAUUGGUUGGUUAUCAAGUAAACAAGAAUUCCAAUUAGAAAUAUUUGGGCCAUAUUUUACACAUAAACCAAUUGAAAUCAAAUCUAAUUAUAAAAACGAUUAA